AUGAACAGACUAUUUGGAACCAAGAGCACUACACCGAAACCAUCGUUGAACGAUGCCAUAAAAGGAAUCGAGGACCGCGUUGGUUCCUUGGAUGUUAAACUUAGCAAGAUCAACUCCGAAUUAUCUACAUAUCAACAGAAGAUUGCUAGAAUGCGAGAUGGCCCAGGCAAAUCUGCUUUGAAACAAAAGGCAUUGAAGCUUUUGAGACAGCGGAAGCAGAUAGAAGCGCAGAAGGACCAGUUGGAGAACCAAUCCUGGAACAUGUCGCAGGCGUCAAUGACGACGGACAAUUUGCAAAAUACCAUGGUCACGAUAAAUGCAAUGAAAACGGCAAAUAAAGAGUUAAAGAAAACCUACGGCAAGAUCAACAUUGACGAGUUGGAAAACUUACAAGACGAGAUGCUAGAUAUUAUAGACAAAUCGAAUGAGUUGCAGGAGGCUUUAUCCACCAGUUACGAUGUGCCCGAUGAAGUGAGUGAGUCCGAGUUGGACGCUGAGUUGGAGGCCUUGGGCGAGGAAAUGGAUUUCGAGAAUGAAAUGGCCCAGAGUGGGAUAGGUGCACCCAGCUAUCUAGAUAUCAACAACAACAACAAUGCUGAGCCGGCAGAUAAACUCCCCACGUUUAUUGACGAGGAACCCGAAAAGGAAAAAGUUGCCAACUAA